AUGCGCUUCAACUUCUCACGCUUCAACUUGUCACGUGAAAUCUUUCAAUAUGUUCAAAAAACUGAAAGGCCAACAGUGGAAAUCCAUUGUAAGCAAAAAAAGGCUGGAAGUGCAAGUGACAAAGAGAUAGAAGUGCAGAUCAACAUUGGGCUCAUGGUAUGGAGUGACAAGAACGUGUGUAUCAAACCAAAGAGAGGCAAGCGUCUUGCUUUGAGAGUGUCCAACAAAGCCACCUACAAAGUCAUCCUGCAGAAAGCUGUGGAAAAGUGGAGAGCCUUUAACAGCGACCUCUAUGAUGAGAACGAAGACUACAUUCUUCUACUUGAAAAUGGUGAAGAAGCCCAGUUUCUUCCAGGU